UCAAUCAUUCCCAUGCCUCUGCUCCAGACGCUACAGAUAAGCGUGAGAGAAAGGCACAGAGAGAGAGACACACACAGGGAGAGGAGAGACUGACUGAAGCAAUGUGCUGGACUUGGACUUGAGUUCCCAUCAACACUUCUGAAGCGGACAGCUGGGAAAACGAGCUGCCUUGGAGGUUGUCAACUCUGACUAGAGAGAAGUAAUCCAUGACCCUGAACUACUACAGCGAUGGACAAGAAAAGUGAAAAUGGCUACCCUAGAUCCGGAGGAGAGAGUGGAGGUGGGGGUCAGAGGAAGCAGCUGCCCUACUCCGUAGAGACCCCAUACGGCUUCCACCUGGACCUUGAUUUCCUCAAGUAUGUGGACGAUAUCGAGAAAGGCAACACCAUCAAGAGGGUGCACAUCCAGCGCAAGGCCAGAGGCCCUCCUAAGUUCAGCACCCUGCCCAGGAACUUCAGCCUGCUAGGGCAUGGAGCCAGGCCGGCCCCUAAGGACAACUGGUCCUCUACCCUAGGGCCCAAGCCCCGGGGCAGAAUUACUGAUGUCCAGCAGAUCUUGGAUUUUAGACCCAGUGACGGUGGCACAUCGGGUAUUCAUAGCCAGAACAGCAGGGUGCAAGGGAGCUUUGCCUCUGCCAGGCCCAGGGAGGAGGCAGGUGCUGGGCCUUGGGUGUUAGGCGAACAGCCCCUGGGGAGGCCCAACCUCCUUCGGACGUCCAGCAUGCCAGUCACCAUCCCGCACAGGAAGGCCUCUGAGUCCGGGGACGAAAGAACGGAGAACGUCUCAUCUGAGAACGUGGUCCGCGCUGUUCCCCAGGACCGGUCGGGGCUGCACCAGCAGAUCACCGCAGCCCUGAAGAGGGUCAGAGAGCUGGAGGACAUGGUGAGGACCAUCCCAGAGCUCAAGUCCCAGAUCUGCUCACUGAGGGUGGAGAGAGAGCAGCUAAUCCUUAGGCUGCAGGUCCAAACCAAGUUACAGCCUCCAGCCCACCCACAAAGUGCCUCGCCCUCCCCAGCCCCAAGCACUGAUCCCGGGCCAGCCUCUCAGCCGCCGGGGGCUGAAGCAGCAGUGGAUCCCGGGAGAGCAGAGAGCACCGUGUCAGAGGCAGAAACGCAACAGGAAUCCUUAAAGAGUACCGCGCAAGAAGAAGAACCCGAUAGGCUUUUAGCAGCACAGGAACCAGAGAGACAAAUACAGACAGCAGAGGGACCAGAUAGACAAACAGCAUUUCUGAAUCCAUUAGUGCACGAAGAGGAAAGGCCAACAGAGCAACCAGAGAACGUUGCAACACCGAAAGAACCAGAACCUUUAGACAGCAGAGUGUUUGUGCAAGUCACAGAGGGAGUCAGUGUCAGUGGUGAGGAGCACCAUCUCAGUGUCGAACAGCUCCAGGCUAAGCUAGUAGCGCUAGAGGCUAAGCUAAGUCAGGCUAGCGAAGACCUGGAGAGAACGAACAGUCUCCUGAAACAACAGGUAGAGGAGAACAUGAUGAAGGAGGAGAGGAUACUGCAGCUGAGCGUGGGAGGGACAGGAGGCGCGGAGGAGGUGUUCAGGCAGAGACAGACAAGUAGGAGGACCAGUGUGGACCAGCAGACCGAGACGGAGAGAGUGGGAAGUGCAAGUCAGGAGACAGAGACAGAGAGGGCGGAUAUGGUGGAGCAGGGCACGGAUACAGAAAGGAUAGUUAUCUGUUUAACCGGAGAGGGGGCUGGUGGUGUGGAACAGGGGACGGAGACGGAGCGGUUUGACACUCAAGACCAGGUGACAGAGACAGAGAUGGUCAUUGUAUGUCCAGUCAGACCGCGGGCUAAUAGUGUGGAUCGGGGAACAGAGACAGAGAGAGUGGACACAGUGGACCAGGUGACAGAGACACUGCCUGGAGACAGCUUAGACCAGGUGACAGAGACGCAGACAGUCGUCAGUGUAGAUCAGUCAACAGAGACAGCACCUGUACGUCCAGUGAGACCAGCGAGACAUAGGGCUAACAGUGUGGACCGGGAAACAGAGGCACAGACAGUGGAUACUGUGAACCAGGUGACAGUGACAGAGACACAGACAGGAGUCCGUGUAGACCAGGUGACAGAGACACAAACACAGACAGCACCUGUACGUCCAGUGAGACAUAGGGCUAACAGUGUGGACAGGGGGACAGAGACAGAAAGAGUGGGUACAGUUGACCAGGUGACAGAGACAGUGGUAGCACAGAGUACAUAUCAGCAGACAGAGACAGAGGGAGACAGAGUUGAGACGACCAAUAACCACCAUAGAGAAAUAGAGAUUGAGAGUGCGGCCAUAGUAAGUGCGGCCAUAGAAAGUGCGGUCACAGAAAUUGUGGAAGCAGAACGUGUAGUCUCACGCAGUUUGGUUAAAGAGGGUGAGAUCGCUGAGAGUGCAGUACGUUUUGUGGUUAUAGAAAGUGUGGGCAAAGAGAAUGUGGUCCCAGAGAAUGUGGUCCCAGAGAAUGUGGUCCCAGAGAAUGUGGUCCCAGAGAAUGUGGUCCCAGAGAAUGUGGUCCCAGAGAAUGUGGUCCCAGAGAAUGUGGUCACAGAGAAUGUGGUCCCAGAGAAUGUGGUCCCAGAGAAUGUGGUCCCAGAGAAUGUGGUCCCAGAGAAUGUGGUCCCAGAGAAUGUGGUCACAGAGAAUGUGUUAACGGGAAGUAUGGUGAAGAGACAAGUAGUGGUAGUAGAGGAGACUGUCGUUGAACAAAUUACAUUGACUGAAAGUGUUGUUACACAGAGUAUGACCACAGAGAGUACAGUCGUAGAGAGUGCAGCCACAGAGAACUUGGCAACUGAGAGUGAGGUUGUAAAGACCACAGUUACAGAGAGUACGGUCACAGGAAGUGCGGUCAUAGAAUCUCCAGCCCCAGAGAGCCCAGAAGUAGCACCCACUCCCUCUUCCAGCCAGACCCAGAUUGGUCAGAAGGAGUCGGAGCAGGCCCAGCCCCAGUCACAGGACUCUCGUCGGGGGUCCAACUCAGCGUUGGCCCAGGCCCCUCGCCAGGGGUCUAACCCAGCCCUGGGCCAGGUGGUGACGCGCCUCACAGGGCUGAUCAAUGAGCAGUGGGCCCAACUAGGUAGCAGCCAGGACAAGCCAGACAAGCAGGAGACCACCAGCCCGAGUGCCCAGAAGCCUGCAGAAGGGCAGGGUGCGCCCGCUGCAGGGAAGCCUUUAGCGGGGAAGGCAACGGGGAAGUCAGGUCUGUCUAAGAUGAGCUCCAUCCAGAGCCAGCUGGUCAGCUCCCUCAGUGCCCUGUCUGCCUUCUACUCCCCUGGACAGAAGGAUGCUGCCAACAAACAACAAGGUCUGAAAUCCAUCAUGAAGAAGAACGAUGCUGCUGACAAACAGGGGAACAGAGGAGGAGCCAAGAAGAACCUAAAGUUUGUGGGAGUCAACGGAGGGUAUGAGACUACCUCAAGUGAGGAGGAAUCCAGUGAGGAGGAGAAGGGGGAGGUAGAGGAGGAGGUGGACAGCUCUGAGCCUGAGGAGAAGCGGGAGAAGGAGGAGGAGGUGGACAGCUCUGAGCCUGAGGAGGAGCGGGAGAAGGAGGAGGGAGCUGGAGCAGCUCAGGGCCAGGGGGAGGCCACAGCUACAGAGGACGAGCCCCAGGGAGCAGGGGCCCAGGCUGGGGAGACGGAGGUCCAUGAAGACUCUCAAGACCCAGAGAACAGCCAGGCACUCCUGGAGGAGCAGCCAGCUGCAUCAUCAGGGGAGACGAUCGAUAAGGGCUUCAUGGAAGCGUGUGACUACAUUGAGGGUCGUAUGGCAGAGGUGGUGGCCCCCGAUAAGGAAAUGAGACAUGUCCUGAUGGUGUUGUACCAGGAGUGGUUCCGUGUGUCCAGUCAGAAGGACUCUCUGGCUGACACAGUCACAGAGACCUGUGGUGUGGAGAGAGCGACGGCAAACCUGGCCGACGGCAACGGCAACACAGCGCUCCACUACAGCGUGUCCCACUCCAACUUCCCUGUGGUCAAACUGCUGCUGGACACCGGUCUGUGUGAGGUGGACAUCCUGAACAAGGCGGGCUACACAGCCGUGAUGCUGGCCUCCCUAACAGCUGCUGAUGGAUCAGAGGACAUGGAGGUGGCUCUGCAGCUACUGAGACAGGGAGAUGUCAAUGCCCGCGCUAGCCAGGCAGGGCAGACGGCUCUGAUGCUAUCGGUCAGCCAUGGUCGUACAGCCAUGGUGCGGUUGCUGCUGAGCUGCCAGGCUGACCUCAACAUUCAGGACAAAGACGGUUCGACCGCACUCAUGUGCGCGUGUGAGCACGGUCACACCGAGAUCGCUCGGGUGCUACUGGAGUCUGGCCACUGUGACACCAGCCUCACAGACAAGAAUGGUCAGAGGGCUCUGUCGGUGGCGGUAGCGUCCUCCCACGCUGAGAUAGUUGACCUACUCAAGAGCCACUCAGAUUCCACCACCACCCAGGCCUCCAACCCCUCUACCACCACCUCUGCCACCAUCAUCACCACCACCACAGCCUCUCUCCUCUGAGCCCCCUCCAGUAGCCCCUCUCUAACCCCUACCCUACCCCAGCCCCGGACCCACCCACACCCUGGACCCACUAUACCCCAAACCCCUUUCUCUGGACCAGAGGAGGCUGGUGGGAGGAGCUAUAGGAGGACGGGCCCAUUGUAAUGGCUGGAGUGGAAUCAAUGGAACGGUGUCAAACUGAUCAGUCAUAUGGAAACCACAUGUUUGACUCCAUUCCAUUCAUUCAAAUGCAGCAAUUACAAUGAGCCCGUCCUCCUAUAGCUCCUCCCACCAGCCUCCACUGUCAUGGACUAUACUCUUUUCCAGACUGUCUGGAGGACAGACAAAGGCUGUAUUCACCACCACUGCCUAUAUCUCCCCACGUACCAGAGCUCAGCUCACAGAUAGGCCUAUUGGACCGGAGCCCCACCGACCAGAGCUCAGCUCACAGAUAGGCCUAAUGGACCGGAGCCCCACCGACCAGAGCUCAGCUCACAGAUAGGCCUAUUGGACCGGAGCCCCACCGACCAGAGCUCAGCUCACAGAUAGGCCUAAUGGACCGGAGCCCCACCGACCAGAGCUCAGCUCACAGAUAGGCCUAUUGGACCGGAGCCCCACCGACCAGAGCUCAGCUCACAGAUAGGCCUAUUGGACCGGAGCCCCACCGACCAGAGCUCAGCUCACAGAUAGGCCUAUUGGACCGGAGCCCCACCGACCAGAGCUCAGCUCACAGAUAGGCCUAUUGGACCGGAGCCCCAACGACCAGAGCUCAGCUCACAGAUAGGCCUAUUGGACCGGAGCCCCACGGAACCAGAAUAGCACACAUUCUUCACAUUUCUGCCAACAUUUAGGGAGUGGGAAUAAUGUGUCAACUGUUUGGCAGCCAGCCAAUGUGACACUAAAAAACCCAGUAGCAGUGGCGACAGUGGUGAUUGACAGGUGAUCCAGGAAGAGGGCAGAAGCCAACAGAAGGAUGAUGGUUUGCUGCUUUAUAAUAUAAAACAAGCUAUUCAGGCCAAAAUAAUCUUAAACCCAUGAUCUACCUUAACAAUCGGUCAUUUUAUUAUUAAUACUAUGUUUUUCCUUUUUAUACCUGUAUCUAAGUUUCCAUCCAAUUGGCAACAGAUUUUCAUGUGAAUAUUAUAAAAUCCGCAUAAAGAAAAUAUGCACAUUUUAGUUUCUAGCAAACUGACUUGUUGCAGGAAAUCGCACACAACAUUUUUAAUUUUCGCAUAAAUUCAAACAUUUUUUGUUGUUGUGUGUUUCAAAAAAGAUAUAUGUUUAACCUUUAUUUAACUAGGCAAGUCAGUUAAGAACAAAUUCUUAUUAACAAUCACAGCCUACCCCAGCCAAACCUCGACAACAUGGGCCAAUUGUGCACCACCAAAUCACAACCAGAUGGGAUAAAGCCUGGAUUUGAACCAGGGACUGUAGUGACUCCUCUUGCACAGAGAUGCAGUGCCUUAGACCGCUGCGCCAGUUGGGAGCCAAAAGUUCAAUCAAUCAAUUAAGCAAUCAAUCAAAUGUAUUUAUAAAUACCUUUCUCCAUCAGAUGUCACAAAGUGCUAUACAGAAACCCAGCCUAAAACCCCAAACAGGAAGCGAUGCAGAUGCAUAAGGGAAAAACUCCCUAGAAAGGCCGGAACCUAGAAGAAAAUAUAGAGUACCAGUCCCUGAAGGCUGGCCAGUCUUCUUCUGGCCAGUUGGAGAUUAUAAGAGUACGUGGCCAUUAAAUCCAGAUUGUUCUUCAAGAUGUUCAAACGUUCAUUAACCUAAAUCAAUGUGUUUCCAUCGCAUUUUACACUAGUUUUGACACAAAAACUGUUGCCGUAAAUAUCAAAUAUACCUACUCUGGUUUUGCCAACAGCUCGCAGAUACACUGCGGGUAGGCUAAUCUACACAGUGAGAAUAUUAUGGAUAAGAAUAUUUGCAUUUGUCAAAUGGCAGUCAAGCAUCGAUCAUCAUGACACCAGAAUAAGACCCUCGAUAUUAAUUUGAACAGAACAUCAAGUUCACAGCGCGCACUUUCAACACCCUGUGAAGUUCAUCAUAAUUGACUUAAUAUGUAGCCUGAUAAACUGUACGGUUUCCCGAGUUAUAUCAGUAUUUACGCAUAAAGGUGUUUCCAGCGGCAUUUCACGCAAAACACAUUUUACCGACACAAAAAUAUCCCAACAUGUCUAACGAACAAAUUCUCUGUUGGCAUUUAUACAAUUUUUACGAAAUGUCCUGUUUGCAUCACAGCUGUUGUGUUUUUUUUUUUAUAUAAGGUCUAACUUUACUCACAUGAAAACUGGAUGGAAACGUGUUUAUUAACGACAUCACUAUUCUUUUAUAUUUGGACAUGAGCCAUUUAUUUAACUCAUAAAGUCUGAAUGUUAUUACAGCGUUUUAUAAAAUACACACAGUAUAUUUAUUUUGCAAUGGAAUUUGUUUUACUCUGUUUGACACACGCUGUACAUAUCCAAGCUUGGUUUUCGUCAGUACCGCCUGACGACUGACUCACUCAGACGUCUACCAAUAUGAAGGUUGUACAGUCGGAUGCAGCACGCAGCACGCAGCAAUUUAACAACCCUCGCAGAAGCUACACAGGCUACUACACUGCAGUAUGUUGCAGCAACUGUAUACUCGACUGAACAAUUUACUUUCCCGCUCUAUCUCUCUCUCUUUGUCGCUCACACACCUCACGCACACACACACUCUCUCGCUCACUCCACUGUAAAUGCAUCCCUUCCUCUGUCUGCCUGCUUUUAGACUACAAAUUAAAUGAUGUAUGCACACAAAUUGCUACAAAAUGCACAAAGGGUGUCAGGCAAUUUGACAUUCCAGAUACAGUGUCAUUCAUACUAUGGUACAACACACCACCGAGAACAGGAAGCCUUGCAGUAGACUAUUAUCCAUCACUGGCCAUAAUGUAAUAAGGGUUGUAACAUUUUCUGUAACCCCCCAACGGACAAAGUGGAACGUUUUUGUUUUAGGUUGAUUGCGCCUCUCUCUUCCACAUCCAUAUUCUCUGUAUUGAACGGUGGCUUUAGUGUAGGACACUGGUGUGAAGUAAUGGCAUGAUGAGAAUAUCCUAGCUUGCCUAUCAGAAAAUGAAGAGGUGUGUGGCGCAAUGUGAUUUUUCAUACCCGGUCUUUUAAGAACCCAGUCCUAAAGGAAAGGAAGGGACUGUACUCACAAGGUGGAGUGGUGCUGCCUUUCUCACCUGUUCACCAGAAACCAGGCUUAGGAGCUGAAGACUGACCUCUACUGGUUCAAGAAGUAUAUGGCUAAAUACCUGAAGAUACAGUAUUGUGAAAAAUAUAUCUGGUAUUGUCUGACAUUUGCUCUUAAAUAUAUUUAGUAUUUAUUCAAAAUGCUAUAUUUUUACAAUAUACAGUAUAUGCAUGGGCCAAUAGUCCAAUGAACAUGUUGGAAUUUAAUAUGUGAAUGUAUUGGUUCUUCUGGAUGGUAUAUAUAAGCUGAUUGGUCUACUCUAAAAAGCAAUGUGACUGUUAAUUGUUUGGGUGGUUCAUGCUCGUCUCUUAUUGGACAAGGCUGUGUACUGUACUGUGUCAAUAGGACUGACUGUUGUAAUACUUGAUCACAAUCAGAUGUGAACAGCUGUACCUGCCUGUAAUAUUCCUACUAUCAAAUUGGCCUGAAUGUUAACCAUUUGUAAAUCAGAGAAUUGCUCCUAAAUAAAAAUGAAACUAUUGGGUAGAAGUAUAUAAUGUGAUGAUCCAAUGGAUAUUAGCAUCUAAGGUGCAUUAACCUCUGAAGGAAUAAGCGCACACUUAUUUUUUUCUCCACAUUUUGUUACGUUACUGCGUUAUUAAAAAAUGGAUUUAACACGUUUUUUCCCCCUCGCCAAUCUACACACAAUAGCCCAUACUGACAAAGCAAAAACAUAUGUUAAAAAAUUAAGUAAAAAUGGAAUUACAUAAGUAUUCAGACCCCUUGCUAUGACACUCGAAAUUGAGAUCAGGUGCAUCCUGUUUCCAUUGAUUAUCCUUGAGAUAUUUCUACAACUUGAUUGGAGUCCAGCUGUGGUAAAUUCAAUUGAUUGGACAUGAUUUGGAAAGGCACACACCUGUCUAUAUAAGGUCCCACAGUUGACAGUGCAUGUCAGAGCAGAAACCAAGCCAUGAGGUCGAAGGAAUUGUCCGUAGAGCGCCGAGACAGGAUUGUGUCGAGGCACAGAUCUGGGAAAGGGUAGUAAAAAAUGUCUGCGGCAUUGAAGAUCCCCAAGAACACAGUGGCCUCCAUCAAUCUUAAAUGGAAGAAGAAUGGAAUCACCAAGACUCUUCCUAGAGCUGAGUUCACGGCCAAACUGAGCAAUCGGGGGAGAAGGUCUAUGGUCAGGGAGGUGACCAAGAACCCAAUGGUCACUCUGCUAGAGCUCAAGAGUUUCUUUGUGGAGAUGGGAGAACGUUCCAGAAGAACAAGCGUCUCUGCAGCGCUCCACCAAACAGGCCAUUAUGGUAGAGUGGCCAGACGGAAGCCACUCCUCAGUAAAAGGAACAUGACAGCCCGCUUGGAGUUUUCCAAAAGGCACCUAAAAACUCUCAGACCAUGAGAAACAUGAUUUUCUGGUCUGAUUAAACUAAGAUUGAAAUCUUUGGCCUGAAUGCCAAGCGUCACGUAUGGAGGAAACCUGGCACCAUCCCUACUGUGAAGCAUGGUGGUGGCAGCACCCAUGAUUUGGGGUUGUCUUUUAGCCGCAGGGACUGGGAGACAAGUCAGGAUCGAGGGAAGAUGAACUGCAAUGUGCAGUGAGAUCCUUGAUGAAAACAUGCUCCAGAGAGCUCAGGACCUCAGACUGGGGCGAAGGUUCACCUUCCAACAGGACAACGACCCUAAGCACAUAAUCAAGACAGCGCAGGAGUGGCUUCGGGACAAGUCCUUGAAUGUCCUUGAGCCAGAACCCAGACUUGAACCCGAUCUAACAUCUCUGGAGAGACCUGAAAAUAGCUGUGCAGCCAUGCUCCACAUUAAACCUGACAGAGCUUGAGCGGAUCAGCUGAGAAGAAUGGGAGAAACUCUUCAAAUACAGGUGUGCCAAGCUUGUCGCGUCAUACCCAAGAAGACUCGAGGCUGUAAACUGCUAAUGGUGCUUCAACAAAACACUGAGUAUUUUGAGUAAAUGUCAAAAAAACUGUUUUUGCUUUGUCAUUAUGGGGUAUUGUGUGUAGAUUGAUGAGGGGGGGGGACAAUUUAAUCCAUUUUAGAAUAAGGCUGUAAUGUAACAAAAUGUGGAAAAAGUCAAAGGGGUCUGAAUACUUUCCGAAUGCAUUGUAUUAUACUGACCUCACAGGCAGCUGUCUACCUGUCAAAUACCUUCACUGAGCCAAUUUCACUCUGCCAGACAGACCACUCACCCCAGCGACAUCACAGAGGAAAUAAAAUGCCAUGUGGCACCCACUAGUGUGUGUGCACGUGCAUGCGUGCACAAGUGUGUAGUUUGUGUGUGUGUGUAAAACUAGUUUGCACCAGCAGAUGGUAAUGUUACCCCAGGAUAAAGACAAGAGUAAAGGGUGUCUCUGCAUCCUCAGAAUGCCAGCAGUACAGUGACUUCAGAAAGUAUUCAAACCCAAUGACUUUUUCCAUAUUUUGUUUGUGUUACAAAGUAGGAUUCAAAUUGAUUUAAUUUAAUUAUGAUUUUUUUUGGGGGGGGGGGUCAACAAUCUACACAAAACACUCUAACAUUUGUAUUCAUGAAAAAUGAAACACUAGUAUAUCUUGAUUAGAUAAGUAUUCAGUCCCCUGAGUCAACACAUGUUAGAGUCACCUUUGACAGCAAUUACUGCUUUGUCUUUCUGGGUAGGUUUCUAAGUGCUUUCCACACCUGAAUUGUGCAACAUUUGCCCAUUAUAUUUUUUCAAAAUUCUUUAAGCUCUGUCAAAUUUUUUGUUGAUCAUUGCUAGAAAACCAUUUUCAGGUUUUGCCAUAUAUAUUCAAGCAGAUUUAACUCAAAACUCUAACUCGGUCACUCGUUCACUGUCUUCUUGGUAAGCAACUCCUGUGUAGAUUUGUCCUUGUGUUUUAGGUUAUUUAGGCCUUGUGUUUUAGGUUAUUUAUUUUCCACCAGUGUCUGGUGGAAAGCAGACUGAACCAGGUUUUCCUCUAUAAUUUUGCCUGUGCUUCGCUCCAUUCAGUAAAAUGUUUACCCUGAAAAACUUCCCAGGCCUUAAUCACAAGCAUUUCCAUAUCAUGAUGCAGCCACCACUAUGCUGAUGAUACUCAGUAAUAUGUUGUAUUGGAUUUGCCACAAACAUAACACUUUGCCAUAUUUUUUGCAGUAUUACUUUAUUGCCUUGUUGCAAACCGGAUGCUUGUGUUAGAACAUUUUUAUUCUGUACAUUCUUUUCGCUCUGUCAAUUAGGUUAGUAUUAUACAGUAACUACAAUGUUGUUGAUCCAUCCUCAGUUUUCUCCUAUCUGUCACGAGUUACUAGGAGCGGAAGGCAGGAGUCAGGCGCAGAUAGCAGAGGGUUAAAUAAUAGAUUAUUUAUUUCUCCGGCACAAAACGGUCACGCCAAACACAGGGCGCAGAAACACUGACCAGCCCAAACACACAGGGCAAAACGAUCCGGAGAACAAAAAUACAUCCACAACCGACAGCGAACACAAAAUAAUCCCGCACAAACCUAAGCCUAACAGGCUUAAAUAGACCAGAAAUCAAGAAACACAAAAGAAACAGGUGCAACUAAUAAGACUAAACCAACAGAAAAGGGAAAAGGGAUCGGUGACGUCUAGUAGACCGGCGACGACGACCGCCAAGCACCGCCCGAACAGGCAGGGGAGCCUGUCGUGACAGUACCCCCCCCACCCCCCCACCCGGGUCGCCUCGAGGGCGACCCGGAGGGCGAGGCGCCGGACGAUCCGGGUGGAGGCGGUGGAAGUCCCUCAGAAGUGAAGGGUCCAAAAUGUCCCCCACCAGUACCCAGCACCUCUCCUCUGGACCGUACCCCUCCCAGUCUACGAGGUACUGUAGGCACCUCACCCGGCGUCUCGAGUCCAGAAUGGCACGUACUGUCUACACCGGGGACUCCUCGAUGUCCAGAGGGGGCGGAGGGUCCUCAGGCACCUCACCUUCUUGCAGGGGACCAGCCCCCACCGGCCUGAGGAGAAACACAUGAAACGAGGGGUUAAUACGAUAAUAAGUAGGAAGCUGUAACCAAUAACACACCUCAUUUAUCCUCCUCAGGAAUUUAAAUGGCCCUACACACUGCAACCCCAGCUUCCGGCAGGGCAGGCGGAGGGGCAGGUUUCGGGUCGAGAGCCAGACCCGGUCCCCCGGUGCGAACACGGGGGCCUCACUGCGGUGCUGGUCAGCGCUCUUCUUCUUCUGCUCUCCAGGUGUCCUUCGAGCGCUGCACCGAUUCCUCCACUGCAGGAGCCUCGGUCUGGCUCUGAUGCCAUGGCGCCAGGACCGGCUGGUAGCCCAACACGCACUGGAAGGGAGACAUGUUAGUAGAGGAGUGCCGAAGGGAGUUCUGAGCGAGCUCCGCCCAUGGGAAGUACCUCGCCCACUCACCAGGGCGGUCCCGGCAAUACGACUGCAGAAACCUACCCACAUCCUGGUUUACUCUCUCCCCCUGCCCAUUACUCUCGGGGUGGAAACCCGAGGUCAGGCUGACAGAGACCCCCAGCUGUUCCAUGAACGCCCUCUAAACUCUGGACGUGAACUGGGGACCCCGAUCAGAAACGAUGUCCUCAGGCACCCCGUAGUGCCGGAAGACAUGGGUAAACAGAGCCUCCGCAGUCUGCAGGGCCGUAGGGAGACCGGGCAAUGGGAUGAGACGGCAGGAUUUCGAAAACCGAUCCACAACGACCAGGAUCGUAGUACUUCCCUAAGAUGGGGGAAGGUCGGUGAGAAAGUCCACAUUUACAUUACAUUACAUUACAUUUAAGUCAUUUAGCAGACGCUCUUAUCCAGAGCGACUUACAAAUUGGUGCAUACACCUUAUGACAUCCGCCCGACAAGUGCGACCACGGCCGUUGUGGAAUGGGGAGGGGCUGUAAAUUCCCUCUAGGCAGGUGUCGAGGAGCCUUGCUCUGAGCGUACACAGAGCAGGAGUACAUAAAAACUCAAUUACUUAGCCAACGUGGGCCACCAGUACCUCCCCCUAAGACUCCGCACUGUCCUCUCAAUGCCAGGAUGACCCGAGGAGGGUAGUGUAUGGGCCCAUCGAAUCAACCUAUCACGGACACUACGCGGCACGUACUGAACCCCUGCUGGACACUGAGGGGGUGCAGGUUCUGGCCGUGGCGCCAACUCGAUAUCCGCGUCCACCUCCCAUACCACCGGUGCCAUCAGACAUGAAGCUGGGAGGAUGGGAGUCGGCUCGAUGGACCGCUCCUCGGUAUCAUAGAGGUGGGACAGCGAGUCGGCCUUCAUAUGAAAUCGUGAAACGAAAACGGGUAAAGAACAUGGCCCACCUAGCCUGACGCGGAUUCAAUCUCCUCGCUGCCCAGAUAUUCUCGAGAUUACGAUGCUCAGUCCAGAUGAGGAAAGGGUGCUUAGCCCCCUCAAGCCAAUGUUUACACACCUUCAGAGCCUUGACAUUUACAUUACAUUUAAGUCAUUUAGCAGACGCUCUUAUCCAGAGCGACUUACAAAUGGGUGCAUUCACCUUAUGACAUCCAGCUAACAACUCCCGGUCCCCCGCAGUACCGAGCUUCUUCAGAAAAAAAAGCGCAAGGGUGGAGCUUUGGUGGCGUGCCCAAGGGCUGUUAUAGCAGGCUGCCACCCCAGCCUCGGACGCGUCCACCUCCACUAUGAACGCCAAAGAGGGGCCUGGAUGCGUUAGUGAACAGCUCCUUCAGAUGACUGAAAGCUCUGCCCGCCUCUGCUGAAGUAAUGGGAGCAGCCACCUGACCAAAACCCCGGAUAAACCUCCAGUAGUAAUUGGCAAACCCUAAAAAACGCAGCACCUCCUUUACCGUGGUCGGAGUCGGCCAAUUACGCAUGGCUGUAACACUCCAUCACCACCCCAGAGUUGGAAAUGCGAUAACCCGGGAAGGAAACGGCUUGUUUGGAGAACACAUUUCUCAGCCUUGAAGUACAGGUCAUGCUGCAGCAGUCGCCCAAGUACCUUACGCACCAGAGACACAUGCGCGGUGUGGCAGAAUAGAUCAGUAUGUCAUCGAUGUACACUACCACUCCCUGCCCGUGCAGGUCUCUGAGAAUCUCAUCUACGAAAGAUUGGAAAACGGCUGGAGCAUUCUUCAACCCAUACGGCAUGACGAGGUACUCAUAAUGGCCAGAUAUAGUACUAAAUGCGGUCUUCCACUCAUCUCCCCCCCGGAUACGCACCAGGUUAUACGCACUCGCAGGUCCAGUUUUGUGAAGAAGUGUGCACCGUGAAAUGAUUCCACCGCAGUAGCGGGUAACUAAACCCCACUAUGAUUGAAUUUAGACCUCUAUAAUUAAUGCACAGACACAGACCACCCUCCUUUUUCUUCACAAAAAAAUAAGCUUGAGGAGACGGGUGACGUGGAGGGCCGAAUGUACCCCUGUCCCAGAGAUUCAGUGACGUAUGUCUCCAGAACCACUGUCUCCUCCUGGGACAAUGGGUACACGUGACUCCUUGGAAGUGCAGCGCUCUCCAGAAGGUUUAUCGUGCAGUCCCCUCGUCGAUGGGGUGGUAAUUGGGUUGUCUUCUUCUUACAGAAGAGGGAAUGCGCACAGUGGAGACCUGGUCUGGACUCUCCACCGUUGUCGCACCGAUGGAAACUCUUAUGCACCUGCCUGAACACUCCUCUACCCACCCCCGGAGAGCCCCCUGUCUCCGUGAAAUCACCGGAUUGUGAUAAGCCAGCCAGGGAAUCCCCAGCACCACUGGAAACGCAGCUGAAUCAAUAAGGAAGAGACUAUUCCGCUCCUUAUGAUUCCCCUGCGUUACCAUGUCCAAUGGAACCGUGGCCUCUCUGACCAGCCCUGACCCUAAUGAUCGACUAUCUAAGGCGUGCACGGGGAAAGGUUGGUCUAUCGACACCAGGGGAAUCCUAGCCUUAACGUGAGGCCCACGAUCCAUGAAGUUCCCAGCUGCGCCUGAAUCGACUUGCGCCUUAUGCUGUAGAGAGGGAGAAAAACCAGGAAAAUAAAUUAACAAAAACAUAUGGCCGACAGGAAGCUCUGGGUGAGUCUGGUGCUGACUCACCUGUGAUGAAUGAGAAGUGCUCUGCUUGCCGUCCCGACUCCCAGACGAGAUCCUCCAGCACCAAUUGGCAGUGUGUCCUCUUCGACCACACCCGGUGCAGGAGGCACCUCCUCCUCCGGUCCCCCUCGAUGCGCCCCCCCCUAACUCCAUGGAGAUGGGAGGGCCUAGAGGUGGAAUCAGGAGGGCCCAUUCUGGACGCCCGCGGGCAGUCAGCAGGUUGUCCAGUCGAAUGGACAUGUCGAUUAGUUCAUCGAGGGAGAGGGUGGUGUCCCGACACGCUAGCUCACUGCGGAUGUCCUCCCAGAGGCUACAACGAUAGUGGUCCAUCAAGGCCCUGUCGUUCCACCCUGCCCCUGGGGCCAAGGUCCAGAACUCCAGUGCAAAGUCCUGAGCGCUCCUCGUCUAGCUGUUCACCGGCCGUUCGGCACUCAGGUGGGUGGUCGAACACAGCCCGGAACCGGCAGGUGAACUCGGGGUAGUGAUCCCUCGCCGAGUCUGGGCCAUUCCACACGACCCGUCAGACAGGAGACGAGGGCGCUCACGCUCUCUUAAAAAUAGGAGAAUCUUCCCACUUAAAUUCCCUUUUCUAGAUACUUUACAUAGGACAGCUAAUCGGCCGUACCAGUUAUUGUCCGGGAGGUGACGCUAUCGCCUCUUCCUCGUGUUUAGAUUUCAGAGUUCAAACCACUUUGGGCAUGAGCUGCAGCGACACGCCUCUCUGAUCUAAAUGUUUUUUUUUUACCAAUCCUUUUAUACACUCUGGUCGAAAGGGACGGUUCUGUCAGGCUGAAACGCUCUCUGACCUCACUCGGGGUGUGGCUACUUACUUAGAAAAAACAAAUUAUCUCUGAUAGUUCCUUAUUUUAACAAAACUACUUUAAUCAUUUUUCAUAUUUCAUGCACAACGUAGAGGAUGGAGAUUUUGUACAUGUAGUGGGUAUCCUUUUCAAGUUACAGUAUUUCCUUUAUAACAAUUUUAUUGACGUCACAAAAUAACAACCGAAAUGACAUCAUUAUUCUUUAGAUCGUCUCUGACCAUGCCCCACAUUCUACAUUAGAAAUAUUGUUCCAGUAUUCGCUUUAGAACGUGUUAGAGUUUCGGCUGGAAAAAGUCUUUGGAGACAAAGCACAUUCCUUUGUGACCCUGAAUCUCCUCUCCUUUCAUUUACAACAGGGCGUGCGGUGUCAACCCCCCACCAGCUCCCUCCUCCCCCCUCUGUGGGUGAGAGAGGGUCUGGUUACUGUCAUCCAUUGCCAAGCUUGAUCUGACCUCUUUGGAUCCUCACAGGACAGUCAUGACACUUUCGACCCCCCCAAUGAACUGAGACUUUUCUUAUGGUAAAAGAGUGGGGUGCAAUGCAAUAUUAGGCAGGUGUUCCUAAUGUUUGGUUUACUCAGUGUAUGUUAAAUGCAUUCAGUAUAUUUCCUAAAAAAUUCGGAAGAAAAAUUCUGGAGAACGUAUUUUAGAAUAUAUUUUCACAUGUAUUAAUCAAUAUUUUUGGUAAAUAUAUUUGAAAAAAUGUAUUUGAAAAUGUUUUGUCAAACAUAUUCCAACAUGUAUUUGUAAUGUAUUUGUGAGAAAAAUAUUUAAAAUUCAAAUGUAAGGCAAAUAUAAAAACUGCCCAAAUCAUAUUGUAACAAAAUGGCGACUGUUCAUUGACAUCACAUUCACUCAUGUCAGUAUCAUUAAGACUGCAGAACAGGCAGUGUACAAGCCUAACCUUUAAAAACAGAACACAACAGAACACAUUAACUGGCAUGAUAAUCCGUCUCCUGGGAGGCCAAAAAAGACUCAAACUAAUCCAGGCACCCAACACGUCAUGCCUCCAAGUCUUGUAAUAGGCAUACAAAAUCUUGCAUUGGAAAACCUCCCCAUACAAAAUAAUUUGAUGAAAUAUUUGGCACAAAAGCACUAACAUGCAUUCAAAUGUAGAAAAUAAAAUGGGUGCAAAAAUGGGUGUCUUUCAUGUGCAUAUAACAAACUUGACGAAAGCAUUACAACCAACGUCAAAUGUGCAAAUGUACUGGAUCAUUCCAUGAAAUAAGUGCCUUUUGCGUCCCUUUGAUAUGUUAAGUAGAAAUGAUGCGCCAAUAUUGCAUUCUAAAAGCCUGUCAUAUGAAAUGAAGUGCCCUUUAAUACAGACCACAUGGGUAAUUCAAGAAAUCAGAUUUUCCAUGUGAAUAAGCAGUUGCUGAAGUGCCUAAAUUCAGCAUUUUGACGUGUCCCUCUGUGACUUCUAGGAAGAUUUUAACCCACUAACCCCUUAAUAUACUCACGUGUUUUCACUGUCAUUGUACAGCCCUAGUUAUUUUGUUGCUUUGACAAAGUCAUGUCUGAAGAUUCUUAUUUAUUUCACGUGGUUAGUGAUUCGUUUAUGUCUGACCCUCAUUUUAAGAUCAGCCCUGUGACGUGAACUGAACUCUCAUUUGAAUAUUGUGAAACGUUGAACAAUGAACAUCUAAUAGUCAAAUGAUUUUCUGGUGUUUUGUUGAGCGGGUUGAGCGUAACACGUCAAUCAUCAGGCUAGAAAUGUUCAACUCUCCUUUUUUUGGAGGAGUGAAUUGCCCCUCCCUGUUGCACACAACAAGCUUAAAUAGAUUGAAAUAGAUGGUUUUCCCAUAUUGGCAGGUGCAAUGGUGAGGUUUUAGCACCGCAGCAGUAACAUUCGGCCUCAUUCACUCUAAGCCACUGAAGAAACCAUUGUAAAAGCUCCCCAAGGAGAACUCUCAUUAGCAACCCCCCGCGGUUUCUUAACACACACAUAAACAUAAAAAAGAAGCAAACACAGCUACACACAACCAAGCCUGCACACACACCGUAUAUACUGUAAAUAACAAUAUGCUUCCUAAUACAGGAGAUCAUAGAAAACGAAGGUGCGUACAGUAGGACGACCCCACAUGAUAUAACACGCCUUCACUCAAAACGUGCUUUUCUCUCCUUCUCUCACAUACAUGCAGUCACUUGCGUGUGCACACAAACAUGAGCACAUGAACGAGCACAUAAACACACAGAGUAUACAGAACAAACACUUGCAAAGCAUUUGUGUUCCUCAAAUAGGAGAUAAUGAAAGAAAAUGAUGGGCAAAUGAUGAUGCUGACUCUGAAACCAUGAAAUACAUUGGGAGUCUUUCGAUAAACUAGGGUAGAAGUGAUGAUUUCCUACGCUGCACAUCUUCUUACAGCUGUCGGAUGAUAAUAAUCUGAUAAUUCACCAGUUGAUUUAAAACCUAUGUUUAACCCUUUAUCAUGCCUCGUGUCUUGACAGAUUUGUCCAAAAUCAUGUGACAUAAUACAUAUAUUUUCUGUCCUUGGAUUUAUGUCAGUGUUGUUGUUAUAUCAUACUGUAUAUUAACCAUUAAUCAGUUAACUUAGACAUUGCACUUGAACCGUGUAAGAAUCGUAUCUAGCUGUCCGAUAGUUUUUGUAUAGUUUUUGUGGGCACACAAAUCCAAAAUGAUGUAUGCAAUCGCAAACCGAAAGCUUCUCACGGAAAGAGUCACCUUACCUUGAUACCUAAAACCGAAAUCGAUACUGACAUUAACAUGGUUCUUCAAUAAUUAUGCAUAAUGCUUGUUGGAUGCACAUUUGGUGUCCAGCUGAUUUAGUUUUAGCUGUGAAAUUCUCACACAUCCAGGAAGGAAUUGUCGGAUUGACAGUUAAGUGAUGUACAGCUGUUGUGAUAGCGCAUGCUAAAAAAAGGCGGUUCUCGAGGAAUGUACCAAAUAUUUUGUACAUCAUGCCGGCGAAGACAGUUGUGCCUGUUGUCAUGACGUUGGCCUGGGGGUUGGUUUAUGACAGUCAUAAAUACUUCUUCCCCCUUUUUCCUCUCUCUAACCUACUGAUGUUACAUUUGAAAACCCCUUGGUUAACGUAGAGAUUCUGGGAACGUCAGAAUGUGGGGGAAAUUAACUAUAUUCUGGUAAUCCAAACAAUUGAACAUAUGCAGUGGUACUUAAUGAAUAUGAUGUCCGUUCGGUUGUCAUCUGAGACAUUCUCAUCAAUGAUAAGAUUACAUAAACUCUACAGUGGAAAGUCUACACAUCAGAGUUAUCGUAUUCACAUGGAAUUGUUGUUCACAUUAAAUGUUUGAAUUUGAAAUUAUUUGUGAUGGGAUGAAAUGUGAUUUUAGCUUCUAAAAUGUGAGAUGUGGGUUUUCAUAAGUUAGGGCUGCUCACUCAGUGGCCCGCCCACGUGAAGAGACAGAGGUUGUAAACUAUGACACCCCCUUCUCUUCCUUCCUAUAUAAGCUCUUGACGACAACAUAACUAUCUGUUCCGCGGAUAUGAGGGUGACGAUCCCAUGUCAGAAUGGUUCAGAUAAAACUACAGAAUGAAGCCAACAUCAGCAUGAGCUUUGGUUGCGAAUGGUAUGAUCUUUGAACUCUUAUUCAUGACAGAAGUGAUACCUCCUAGCCAUUGAGUUAGCGACCGCAGCUGCAAACGCAGGUUAGGAAGGAACAGACAGAGUAUCCCAUCUACCACACAACGACGUUACUACAACUUAUCCAAGUUGUAGUAUAUAUAAAUAUUUAUUGCAUUUUCCUUUUCCAAAUGGGCGGUAAUUUAGAAUGAAUAAGAUACUGUAUUUACGAUAGCACAGCUUCUUCCCUUUGUUCCUCAGUCUUCCCGCUCUUUCACUCAAACCCAGACCCUUUUCCUUUGUGUAACAAGCUGUCAUAUCUGUUCUGCCCGCUAGGGACGCUUUCCUUUAUGACAGCAAUUUGUAAUCAAGUUAUGAUUUAAUUAUGUGGAAGUGUGAUUCUGUGUGAUUAGUUAGGUAUUUAGUAAAUAGAUAAUUAAACCCAAUUUUGUAUUGCUGA